UGUUUCCUUGAUUUACUCUUCAGAAUCAUUAGCUUAAUAAUUGACAGAUUGUAUAGGGAUAGAAUUAGCAUAUACAACGUUAUUUCCAUGUAUAGAAUCCUUUCCAUGUAUAGAAUCCGAUGUACAGUUUAUAUAUUGGAGAGAAACCACAAGGCCGGAGACUUUUGGCUAUUUUCACACAAUAUUUUGACCUAUCUUGACAUGGUAUCAAGAGCCGUCUCCUAGUUUCUUGUCGUCGUCAAUUUUUUUUCGAUUUUUCGGCAAUCCCGUUUCGGGUCUGGUGGUUUCGGCACUUUCUGUUGUUGGGUGGCUGUCGACGCAGUCUUCUCUAAGCCUUUCGGCAAUUUCUGUGGUUAGUUGCUUGUCGGCGCAGCACUCUGGUAGUGUUUCCGGCGUCUCUGUGUCUUCGUAGUUGCCAUCGCAACUCUCUGGCAAUUUUCGGCUCUGGGAUUCUCGUUGUUGUGACUUUCGGCUUCGUCUGGGUGGCUAUGGCUUGUUCUGGUUAUUCCCGUUUGGGUUCUCAACUUCGUCUGGGUGCAGCUUCUCACGUGGGAUUUUCUUUCUCUCGGCUUGGUCAGUUUUUUUUUAUGUUCUGUGGCUUUCGGCUUCUGUCUUGAUUUUGUUUCCUGGAGACUAUAGAAACUUUCGGUCUAUAUUUUUUUGGGUCUCGGUUGAUUUCCCUUAAUGUUUCCCUUGCUGUUUCUGUUUUUUUGCUUUGUCUUGGCUUCAUUUAUUUGCAAUGGACUCUGCACCUGUAUGUGUCAAGUUUACGGGCACAAAUUACUCUACUUGGGCAUUUCAGUUUGAGCUUUUCCUCAAGGGAAAAGAUCUUUGGGGUCAUAUUGAUGGCACGGAUAUCGCCCAAACAUCUAAUCCUAACACAUCCCAUGAUCUCAAGGCUUCUCCUUCAUGGGCUGUGCUUGAUGCUCGGAUUAUGUCUUGACUUCUUGGUUCGGUGGAACCACAUAUUGUUACCAACUUACGGGCUCAUCGUUCCGCUCAAUCCAUGUGGAAUUACUUGAAGAAGGUUUAUCAUCAAGCUAAUGAUGCUCGUCGCUUUCAGUUAGAACAUGCGAUUGCCAUGUUUCAGCAUGGUACUCUUUCCAUCCAAGAUUACUACUCAGCAUUUCUAACUCUUUGGCAUGAAUAUACUGAUUUGGUUACAGCGGAUGUUCCUGUUGCCGCUCUUUCGACUAUUCAGACUCUUCAUGAGACUAGCUGGCGUGAUCAGUUUCUUAUGAAACUACGCCCGGAAUAUGAAUCUAUUCGCUCCUCUCUGCUGAAUAGAUCACCUGUUCCUUCUCUUGAUAUUUGUUUUGGUGAGUUACUUCGUGAAGAAGAACGUCUUAAUACUCAAGCUAUUCUGGAGCAAUCUCAUGGUAAUUCUGGGAUGGCAACUGUGGCUUAUGCUGCCCAAGGACGAGGAUCACCUAUGACUUCUAAAAAUUUGCAAUGUUUCUGUUGCAAGGAAUAUGGGCAUAUUGCUGCCAAUUGUCCCAAGAAAUAUUGUUCUUAUUGCAAGAAAAAUGGUCAUAUUAUCAAAGAAUGUCGCAUCCGUCCACAGAAUCGUCAAGCUCAAGCAUUCCAGACUUCUGUUAUUGUUCCUCCUGCAGCAACUCCUGUAGCACAUGGCUCCUCCUCAGGUGCUUCCUCUGAUUUUGCACCUCCUGCAGCAAAUUACUGCACACCAAAAAUGGUGCAACAAAUGCUCAUUUCGGCAUUAUCUGCGAUGGGAUUUCAAGGACCAGGUCACGGGGGAGCCGAUCGCGAAGGGACCUAAAGUGGGGCGCUUGUUUCCACUAUUUUUACCUAUUCCCACACUUUCUUCAGUGUCUUCUAUUAAAUCUUUU